GCGGGCAGCGGCGGCGGCAAGAACAGCCUGGUGAAGCCGCCCUACUCCUACAUCGCUCUCAUCACCAUGGCCAUCCUGCAGAGCCCCAAGAAGCGGCUGACGCUGAGCGAGAUCUGCGAGUUCAUCAGCGGGCGCUUUCCCUACUACCGGGAGAAGUUCCCCGCGUGGCAGAACAGUAUCCGCCACAACCUCUCCCUCAACGACUGCUUCGUCAAGAUCCCCCGGGAGCCCGGCAAUCCUGGCAAGGGCAACUACUGGACGCUGGACCCCGAAUCCGCCGACAUGUUCGACAACGGGAGCUUCCUGCGCCGCCGAAAGCGCUUCAAGCGGCAGCAGCUCCCGGCGCCCGAGCUUCUGCUGCGCGCCGUGGACCCCGCCGCCUUCCUCCCGCAGCCUCCGCCGCAGCCCCCGCAGCAGCCGCCUUGUGCCUACGGACCCUACGGCUGCGGCUACGGUCUUCAGCUCCAGCCUUACCACCCCCACUCCGCCCUUUUCGCCUUCCACCACCCCUCUCCUCCGCCCCGCCAGCCCCCUGCCGCCCCCGGCAGCGCCCCCGGCGCGGCGCUGCCCCCCGCCGCCGCCGCGCCGCCGGGCCCCUUGCUGCCGGCGGCCGAGCUGGCACGGACGCCCUUCGGCUACGCGCACCCGCUGGGCCCGGCGCUGGCGGCCUCGCUGCACUCCGCCAAGCCCGGCAGCGGCGCGGCGCUGGCCCGCUCGCCCUUCUCCAUCGAGAGCAUCAUCGGGGGAAGCCCCGGCCCCGGAGCGGGCAGCAGCUGCGCCUCGCAGUCGACCGCUGCACCGGGGCUGGCCCGCUCGCUGGGGAGCGCCGGGAGCGGCCUGCCCCCCGCCGGCACCCUGCCUGCCACCCCCGGCUUCGCGGCACGGAUCUCUAACUGUUAAGUGUUUGGGAGUCUUUCCGAAGGUAGGAUCUGGGGUAUCUCCUUUCUCCGCCGCUCGGACGCCCGGCGGACGCUGCCCGCAGGGGCUGCCUGUCUUUGCGUGGGGAUAAUUGUGACGGGGCUCGGGGACCGUACGCCGCGAGCGACGGACCUCCCGUGACCUUCACUAGUGCAAAGCCAGGUGUAGAUUUAGAUAUUGCACGAGCAGGCGGUCACUACAUCGGAAAGUUACUCGCUACUCCUUAAAAAGAAACAAACAUGGUGAUAAAUAAUGUCUCUAAACCGUUAAAGUUCAGAGAUUCUCAGGUCUAGGAGCUUGAAAACAUUAAUGUGCAGGAGAAAAAAAAAAAGGCUGGAGGGAGGACAGCAGAGCAAUACUUUUUCAUUUAGUACACUUGUCUCAUGUACUUUUAUAAAAGAAAAGAUUAACGUGUUUACACAGAAGAAAGUCAAGAUUAUCAUUUCUUAUUUUAACCUGUGUUUUGUAUUAUAAUAGACUUACGGAGUUUUUUAUUUUGUACUUUAUGCGUAUUCUUUACAAGGAAUAUUGUUAAAAUUACUGGCAAGUAUUAUUGUACCAUUUUAAUGUAAAAUUUUUACACAUUUUCAGAAAUAAAAUUUUUAAUUUUCAAAAAAAAAACAAAAACAAAAACAACAAAAAAAAUCAAAACCAAACCCAAAGACCAAAGGAGCUCAGCCAACAAUUGGCUUUGGAUCCUUCCCUCCUUAGCACUUCUCCUUUCUUUGGGACACUGAUAUUUUUUUCUUUGGGAUUAAUAGCAGAAUAGUCAAGAAAUAUUCUAUAGGUGGAAAAUUAUUAUGCACAGAUUUGACCGCAAAGAAGAAAAUAAAAAUACGAUCUUUGCAGUCAAUACAUUGUUAACCCUAACAGAUAAAGAAAGACAAAAAAAAACCCCAAACAUGCCAAACAAUCAAAAAACAAACCUCUCCCCCCCCCCCCCAGAACACCAAGAAAAAAAACCACCAACAAAACAAAACAAAAACACUCUUCAAAAAACAGCAGGAACGAAAGAGGGGAUAAAUAGAAAUAGGUCUCUCUGGAGGGAGUAAAGCCCAGUUCUGUAAGGCACCAAUCAGGGGAUUGAUUAAAAAGCCGGUUUAAAACUAUUUUUAUACUUUUGGGUGUGUUUUAAAUCACAACUGCAUCAAUUUGGUUUCCAAGAGGCCCAAAGGAAAAUUCUACUAAUAAAGGGCAUGCAUUGAACUUAAGAGAGAUUUGUUCUAGACACUUAUGGUUCUUUGACGAUAAUAGUGGCAUGUGUUUCUACUUUUCAAUACAUAAAAUAUAAAAUGCGCUUUGUAAUAUCCUCGUGUGAGGAGUUGAUGAAGUGUAUAAGCUGUCGAAGUAAGGAUAUUUAAGUGUAGAAAACAAACCAUGAGUGCCGCUUUUCUGAUUCCAAACGUCGUUUUUAACAGCACAAGGUCGAUUGAUAUCUAUCUGAUAGACUUACAAAAAUUUUAACCAAAAAUCUGGCCUCAAAUAUUCAGAGCAUAGACAUGGAAAAGAGAUUCGCACGUUUUAAGAGUAGGCAUGUGAAUGCUUGCUGUGCUAAGAACACACGUUUUUCAAACCAGGGAGGCUUUUCAACUACGACUGUAUUUAUAACAAUUUAGGAGACUCGGGGAUCAAUUAUGUACAUUUUCAUAAUAAAAAGAAAUUUUAAAAGGGAGGGAUGUUUUUUAGUGCUCUUUGGAGUGAGGAGGGGUUUUACAUAUAAAAGUACUUUGUCACCUUGGUUUUAAAUAUUCUCGUAGAUAGAAAAGUGGUGCUUCUCCGUUUUGUUUGUAGCAAUGCUGUGUUAAAAUAGUGUAUUUCAAAAGCAGAACGACUGGACAUAAGGUCUCUGCUGGUCUCCAUUUGCAGUCUGGAGCUGGGAGGCCUCUUUGGGUGUCCCUGGUUCCUUAGCAGAAAAAGAAGUAAAGUCCUUUCUAAUUUCUAAAACGGGAAAAUACCCUAGAGGCACCGUGUACAUAUCCUCCGGGGAGAGCACGUCUUUUUCACGAGAGACCGAUUAAUUCACUAACCCCGGGACUGGCCGGGGGAUGCGCCGGGCCGACGGGCCGGUGCAGCGCGGAGUACCGAGCUAAGCAGAGGUCCACCUCGAAAAGGCAGAUAAAAUCAAGCAGAAAAAAGUUUUGCAGGGGAGAAGGCAGCUGUGGCCGUGCGGCGGUGAGAGGCUCCCUGAGGAGGGAUGCUGCUGGCCCUCAGUCUAUCUGCUCGAUUCCUUGCGAUCUCCACGAACAGUUAGUUACAUGUGAAGGGUAGAUUCCGGCGACCCACCCUGUGUUUGUUUCUCUUGGCUUCUCCGCAGUAGACCCUGGGGACCCCGGCGACCUCCCUCAGGCAGAGCCCAGCCUGGCCCAUGCCGGUGGACGGUGGGGUCCGAGUGUGCCCACCGCCCGUCCUUCAGGUCUCCUCGGAGGUAUAUGGCAAGCAAACUGCUUGGCCACUUGCUCCUUUCGCGCUUUUGCCGGUUGCCUUCAUCUCGUGCGGACCAGAUCUUCCCUUGGGAAUUGGUAGGGAAGCUGACAGGAGCAAAUUGCAGUAGGUGGUAUAGAUUUCUUUUUUUUUUUUUCUGUAAAAAAAGGGGGGCGAGGGGGAGGUCCGGGGUGCUGGUGAAGGACCCUUUUGCCUGCUCUCCCGGAGUUGGCGGGGAAGCCACCUAGCCUCGGGUGGACCCUCCCCAGGGUCCCUGUUUCCCCCUCUGCUGUCCCGGAGCAGGUGCCGCCAGAAAAGCGCCGGCCCCACAGCCCUUUGAUGAGCUCUCAGCGCCGUCGGUCCGCAGCGCCCCUUUCUCAUGCUAAUGGCCCGCCGUGCUCUCUGCGGCUUUCAAGACUAACAGAGAGGCUGACAGUGUCGUCCUCGCAAGGACAGAGCCCGGACGAUCAAUUCCUCCAAAACAGUCUGGGCCCUAAUAAACAAUCUGGUGGGACAUGCAGUAUAGCAUCGCCUCUUUCUCCUCCCCAAGUGUGGAUUCAUUAACCCGUCUCCUUGCUCAUCAUAUCCCCGUAGGGCUAAGAGACGAAUUACUGGAUCUGAAUUGGAAGGGAAUUGCUCUAUGAGGGGGCUAAUGUUUCAAUCAGUUCAUCCUGAAGGACCACACAAAAAGAAACUUUUUAGUUUAUGGUGCUAUUAUGCGGAGUUUUAAUCUAGGGAUAGAUUUAACCAAAUGUUAUCUAUUGGGAAUUUAAUGAAGCCCUUAUGUAUUCAAACGUCUUUUAUGCCACACACAGUGUCUCUAUCCAGAAACGUUUCCUUCCACGUAGUUCUUUGUUUCUGAUGGGUGAUUUAUAUAUUUUUAAUUAGGUUUUUAAAAAAAUUAUUUCUUUUCAAGCAUCUUGUAUAACGUUUCUUUUAAGCAGGACUGUGUUAGGUCCCUUCCCACAUCCCCUAUAAAAGAGGUUUCCUCUUCCCUCCAUGGUUUUGAAGAUGAUUAGUUUGCACGUCCUCACACUGCUCCUUUCCCACUGGAGCGCUCCCACUGCCUUGUGCAGACGCCUUGGUCAUUGUGCCUGCUCUUUCGACACCUCCAUGGGCUGCGAUGGACAGGGUAGCCCGGGGGUCCGGCAGAGCCCCGUGACUCCCGUGCACAGCUCCUCGGCCUCGAAGCUGCCCUCAACACAAACCUUCCCCAUCCGCACCUCCUUCGGACCACACCUUCGGUCUGGUUUGUAUUUUAGGUGCCGUGAGAAGCACUCCUGGGGUCACCGGGGAGCACAGCCCCUGUUUGCAGGCUGGUUUCAAAUACUCAGGCCCCAUCACCAAGUCUGGAAAAUGAAAGAGGGGGGCGAGGCCCUCACCUGCUCUCAGCUGCUCCCUUUCUUGCAGCGCUGGUGGCGCGGGCAGAGCACACGAUCACCCCCGUCGAGAUUGAGGCCUGUUUGGGGGAUCUGUGGGAAAGUGGAUCUGGUUUUACUGUCCCUUGGCACAGACUGGAGACUCUACGCCUUAUGUAAUACUUUCCCUCAGUACUUACAGUAAGUACUGCAGUAGUUCUGAUAAUAUUGUAUUUGACAGAAACAAAGGAAAUUAUGAUCGUGGCCAAACCGUCUCUGCUCUGCAACUUGAUAACCAAUGCAGAUCCAUUUUGCAGCUUGUUCACUGUGUCUCCCCCACCUGCAGUGGUAUUUCCCCUGCUUCCCUCGGCGAUGGGCUGCACGCACCAUCAGAACCCAAGCAGCGGCGGGGACCGGCUGCCCCGUGCCCACAGCUGGGUGCAUCCCGAUCAGGUAGGUGUCUGCCAUUCCUCACCCUCAACCUCCAGUAACCUGCUGCAGGUGACUGCAGGGCCUCUCCACCCUUCUCCAAGCCCUUUCUCCUCUGCAACCCUCACCAUGAGAGUCACGUCGGGCAGCGGCCGUUGAGGUCUCUGUUCUCUGCCCCUUCCUGCGCUGCAAAGCACGACUCAGAUGUAGAGGAGACACGCAGAAGUGUGUGUACGUGUGUGCAGGAGAGUGGCACUUCAGAAGGUAACAAGCUGCUGCCGGAUCCACGCUGCGGCAACAACUGCGCUCAGUGCCUCAUUGCACAGAUGGUGCCCGCCGAUUUUGGGGAAAGACGGAAAAUUUAACACGAGUACCAAGUCGGUAAGAAUCUUGCUCUUGUUUUUAACUUGCGGAAGAACUCUAUUCCCCGCCGCCAGUCUCCGCCUGGAGGUGUACUGCGGGAAGCCGGCCUUGGAAACACGCCGGCCCCUUCCCAGAUGCCUGUCUCGGCUCACCGCUCAGUUACCAGCACGACUGAAAACAACAAGGGCAAAGGCUGCGGGAUUGGGAAGGCACGCACGGGGAGCCCCUCGGCCAAGCGCGCGACCAGCCCGGCUGAUGCAGUGCGGGUGGCACCGGGGGCUGUGCGCGGCCGCGCAGCGGGGCAGAGCCUCCGCGGCUUCGGAGGUGCUCCGCCGAGCCCGAUCGUAGGAGCGGGAAGGCACCGCAGGAAGCCCACGGAAGAUGCAUAGCAUACGAAGAUGUGCCCUUAGUGCAGCUCCCCUGCUCCGCCAACUAUCUCAGUGAGAGACACAGAGGCACCCGCUGCGCUCUGAGCCACAGAGAGACCUAUCGGCUAGGCACCGUAAUGCCCAAAAUGAACAAAAACAUAUGGACUGCACUGGACGAAAGGCGCUUUUCUUUUAUUUUUUUUUUGUUUUGUUUUGUUUUGUUUUUUUGUUUUUUUGAUUUUAAGAGCGAUGUCUCAUCAAUUUCAGAAAUUCUACCGCUCAGCUGAAUUCAGAAGGAAAUUUGUGGUUGCGGGUUUUUUAUUUUUCUAAUCAAAAUAAUUAAACUUGCCCUUCCUCCAA